AUGGAAGCGAUGUUCUCGUUGGUAGUUCUUUUGCUUUUCAUCUCGCCUACUUGUUAUGGAACUCUCGAAAUUAGUGGUGACGAGCUGCUGCUAAAAACUCAUGGCACUGUGCAUACCAGACGUGUUCGUGACACAGAUAACAAAAAUCUGGAAAAACAUCACGUGGAACUACGACGCCCCGGAAAACAAGAACCGGUAAAGAGCAUAAAAAAGCCGAGAAACAUUCUCAAGAAUAAGAAAUACAAGACUUACUAG